GUUUUUAUUAAACACAUCUUGCAGUCUUAUAGUGCCAUUAUUCUGUCACUUAUCCAGUUUAACCAGUCCUACUACUGUGGUAUGGACUAUCUUGUACAUAUGUUAUGAUUUCCCCAGAUCUAAAUGUUGUCUUUUUGGCAGCACUGUUUUUAAGGAGUGAAUGACUGUUUCUUUGGUGGCACCUUGACUCUGAAAGCAAAUACAGAUAGAAAAUCUAAAUUCUGAAAAUGAAUUGACCUUCAUUUUCUGAUCUGUUUAUCUCCAGCAGUGUUAGCAUAGCCCAUGUAACAAGUGGUGCAGGCGUUUGAGAACCACUGUUGUUUACUUCUUAUCCAGCCUUGGGUCAUCAUUCCUUCAGAGCAGACUGCCUGGCUCCCCCGACCUCAUGCAGCCCCUCUGGUUACACAUUUCAGUGGAUUCCUCCACUCUUCCAUGGCAGUGCUUCUCAGCUUUGCAAUGAAAUACUUCCUGCAUGUAAUGAUUUGUUUAAUGUCUGCCCCCUUCACUAGGCUCUAGACUUCAUGAAGGACAGAACUAAUGUCUAGCUUCUUGUGAAGAAGAAAUAUCUUGAAAUAUUUUUUUCAGCAUAGGGUACCUGACACGUGGUCAGUGUUUGAUGAAUGUUGGAAGGAAUGAUUGCAUCAAUGGAAGGAGUUUAUGUCUGUGUGUAAAAUUGUGUUUGUCAAGUUGUGCAGUGUCUGGCACACAGCUGACAUGUAACAGAAGCAGUAACUAUUGUUGAUACCUUGAUCAGAAUCAUGCGGUGGCCAUUAAUAAACUAGCUUAUGUGAUUUUACGGUACUUAUAUCUAUUUGCCUUUCAUUUUAAGGUGAAAAUUGACUUGCAAGUAACCAUGCCUCACAGCUACCCCUAUGUAGCGUUGCAGAUGUUUGCACGGUCACCAGAACUUGAUAGACAGCAGCAGCUGCUUCUCAACAGAGGCCUCACUUCUUACAUCGGGACUUUUGAUCCAGGGGAGCUCUGUGUGUGUGCGGCCAUCCAGUGGUUGCAGGACAACAGCACCUCCUACUUCCUGAACAGAAAGCUCGUGGAUGAACCAUCGACACAAGCAAAACCAGUCAAGAACACCUUCCUCCGAAUGUGGAUCUACAGCCACCAUAUAUAUCAGCAGGACCUCCGGAAAAAGAUCCUGGAGGUCGGGAAAAGGUUGGACGUGACAGGAUUUUGCAUGACGGGAAAGCCAGGGAUAAUCUGUGUGGAGGGCUUCAAAGAGCACUGUGAGGGAUUCUGGCACACAAUCAGGUACCCCAACUGGAAGCACAUUUCCUGUAAGCAUGUGGAGAGUAUUGAAACAGAAGGAGACGGGCAAGACCUGCGCCUUUUCCAUUCUUUUGAAGAAUUACUCCUUGAGGCCCACGGUGACUACGGCUUGAGGAAUGACUAUCACAUGAAUCUGGGCCAGUUCUUGGAAUUUCUCAAAAAACACAAAAGUGAGCAUGUUUUCCAGAUAUUAUUCGGUAUCGAAAGCAAAAGUUCUGACUCCUAGGAAGCUAUGAAGAGGCCUCUGUGAAGAGGCCUACAUAACUAAGCUCACUAAGUUAUAUUUCUAUUAAUAAGAGCAAAAUAAAAGGACCAGUAGCUGGUUAGCAUCGUUGGUGGGGAACCUAGCUCCAGUAUU